UAGCAGUCAGCAGGCACAUCUCUGUUAAUUUAUAGCAAAAAAAAAAAACAAAUAUUCAGAAAAACAACAUUCAAUUGUUUGUUUUGAUCAAAUAGCAACGUAAUCCAGAGGUAAAACAACAACGAAACAAUGCAAGGUGAGUGGAAUAAGGACAAGCCGUACUAACACAUUCUUUUUGGAUCUAAGUUUACUCCACAGCGGUUUCGGAAUUACAUAGAAAUCAGAGCGAAGUCCCUCGAGAAUGUCCUGGCAAAGUGUUCCCCAGUAUCCCCAAUACCAAGGUUCAAUCUUCUUAACUUCUAAGCGAGUGUUACAGCUUACCCGUUUUCUGAUCGCAUGCUUUUGUUCGUCCCGGGGCUUGUCGACCCGUUGAAUGCUCAGUAAUUGCCCAGAGCUGAUUCAUUUCCAUUACCUCUCUCUCUUUACACAUCGUACUUGUCCCUUCUUAUCAUGGUUGUAUGUACAUAUUUGCUCGAGAUUGUUUCUUGGUUUACCGCAUCUCUUCGUCACGGCGAAGCGUUUCAUUUAGAUUUUACAGUUCUUGGUAGACAGAUUGCUGUAGCGAACGCGUUGGUAGCACCGUUUUAGAUGACAAACUAAAACGAGAUGUCUUAUUUCGCAGAUCCCAACCAGCAGUACAACUAUGGCGGCGGUAAUCCCCCGCAGGGAGGAUAUGGUGGAUAUCCACCUCAGGGCGGCUAUCCACCUCAAGGACCGCCGCAAGGCUACCCACCCUAUGCACAAGGAGGUGCUCAACCCUAUCCACAGCCCUACGGACAGGGGCCUCCACCGGGAGGUUAUGCUCCCCAGCCGGGAUUUAUCCAACCACCACCAUCUGCUGGCGGCUACGGAGCCUACGAUGAUCCGGAGAGCCAGCCCAAGAACUUCUCGUUUGACGACCAAAGCAUCCGUCGCGGAUUCAUACGUAAGGUGUACCUGAUUCUAAUGGGACAACUAAUCGUCACUUUUGGAGCUGUUGCCCUGUUUGUAUACCACGAGGGCACUAAAACCUUUGCCAGGAAUAACAUGUGGCUCUUUUGGGUUGCCCUCGGCGUAAUGUUAGUAACCAUGCUGUCUAUGGCUUGCUGCGAAAGUGUGCGCCGCCAAACACCGACGAACUUCAUAUUCUUGGGUCUGUUUACAGCAGCUCAGUCGUUCUUAAUGGGAGUUUCCGCAACCAAAUAUGCUCCGAAAGAGGUUCUCAUGGCGGUGGGCAUAACAGCAGCGGUUUGCUUGGCCCUAACGAUCUUCGCCUUGCAGACAAAGUACGACUUUACUAUGAUGGGCGGUAUUUUGAUCGCCUGCAUGGUGGUGUUCCUGAUCUUCGGCAUCGUGGCCAUCUUUGUAAAGGGAAAGAUCAUAACACUGGUGUACGCCUCGAUUGGAGCGCUGCUCUUCUCCGUUUAUCUCAUCUACGACACACAGUUAAUGAUGGGCGGCGAGCACAAAUACUCUAUCAGUCCCGAGGAGUACAUCUUUGCGGCACUAAACCUCUACCUGGACAUCAUCAAUAUCUUCAUGUACAUUCUGACUAUAAUCGGCGCAUCGCGCGACUAAGUUCCGCUCUAUUUCCAAAUAUUGUUUGCAGCUUAAUCGGGUUAUUCAGUAACCUGGAAUACACGAAUAUUGUUGUCGCGUAAUCUCAUCGGUGUGCUCCCCCAGUGGAGGUAAUCUUCAACUAACGAAUUACUCAAAUACUUACAAAUCUAUCUACUUCGUGUUGUGUUUGCCCAUUUUCCCCGUUUCCUUCUAGUUCUAAAUGUCAACUAAGGCUAUAUGAACUACUUACUUUUUGUUAUGUAUGUUUUAUUGUUGCUUAAGUUGAGGCGCAAACCAAGUGGAUAUUUCCAAAUUUAAAAAUAAAAAAAUUAUAUAUAUGUAUGUAUACCAAAUGAUAUGCCAUUCAGAUAAACGAAACAACAAUAAAUAGUCACGUAUAAACAUAUUUAUGUAAAAAUAUACAUAUAAGCAAGUUGGCUUGCAGUUGUUAACACAUAAAACUUAACCGUGUGUAAUAACCAAGGAAUCCCGAUUUUCAACUAUGAAUCAAGUACCGAACAUUGUAAUCCCUGCAGCGACACUGAGUUUAAAGUCAACAAUAAAGCGCAUCUAUUUAUU